GUAAAAUUACCAGCAGAUUAUUUAUAUAUUUGAAGCGGUUGUGCGAUAAUUUCGCGCAGAUGUCCCCGGCUUGCUUGUUCCGCUUGGCCUCGGCCGGUGCAUGAUAAACAGGUGUCGCUGAAGGAGGAAAUAAAGAGGAGUGGCGUGGUUUCAGCGGUUUUGGACUGUGCGCGAAAAAGCAAGAGUUCGUCCGUUGUCGAUAAAACUCUAGUCCGUGUCCCAGAAGCAAUGACAGAGGCGUGAUGGAUUCAACGAAUCAUUUUAAAGAAGGCCGGCCUGUCAGCGCGUCCGGAGACUGCGCGACUCCGGUGGGCGCUGCCAACAAGACCCUGGGCUCCCUCGGGCCCCUAGCGCGGUCCACGCCGCUCACCGCGUCGACGGUCAAAGGCCCCGAGGCCAGUGGUGAGGAGCCUCGUCUUUCAGACACACAGAGCACCACUUCGCUGUCACCUAAGCAGUCUAAUUGUGACUUCUCUAAGGGGGAUGUCAUGGCUGGCGACUCAACGCAGAUGUCUGCGAAACUUGCCAAGAGAGAAUCCUACAAGGCACAGCGCAAACACUACCGGUUCGAGAAGAAGCGGGUCGCCAUGGAGCUGUCCAGUACGCUUACGGACCCGUCGAUCAUUGUGCUGGCUGACUGGCUCAAGGUGCGGGGCAGCCUCAAGGGCUGGACCAAGCUGUGGUGCGUGCUCAAGCCAGGGUUGCUGCUCCUCUACAAGAGCCCGAAGAUCACCAAGAGUAGCCAAUGGGUCGGGACUGUCCUGCUGAAUGCAUGCGAACUGAUAGAGCGACCUUCCAAGAAGGAUGGGUUCUGCUUCAAGAUCUUUCAUCCACUGGAGCAAUCCAUCUGGGCAUCACGGGGUCCCCGGAAUGAGGCAAUAGGUGCUCUGGUACAGCCUUUGCCAGUGAGCCACCUAAUCUUCCGGGCACCCUCCGAGGCGGCAGGCAAAUGCUGGAUGGACGCUCUCGAGCUUUCACUUCGCUGCUCCUCACUACUGCUGCGUUCCAUGACAUCUGGACAUUUGCGUAGCAGCAGCGGAGGUGGAACCGGGCUGGGCACCACCCGCGACUCCACGUCAUCAGCGGGAGGCAUUGGUGGGAUGGAAGCUGAGCUCUCGCACAUAGCCAGCACUCCCACCACUGCCACCUCACAACAACGGCACUGGAACGAGAGUGACCUCGAGAACCACUUCAAGGACCAAGACCUGGGUGACGAUGCCCCCACGGACGACCAGCGAGACGGCACCCAGAGCUUGCGUUCGAGCGACACUGACUCCGAGGAGGAAGAGCACCAACGACUGACGGAGGACAGCGGAGAGGCAGAGGAAGUUGAGGAGGAACCGGAGACCCCGUAUCAGGAAGAGAGCAAUGAGGAGCUUGGAGAGGCGGGUGACGCAGGCCAGACGGAGGAGGUUGCGGAGGAAAAUCGCAGCCUCAUCUGGGCCCUGCUGAAGCAGGUUCGGCCAGGCAUGGACCUGUCCAAAGUCGUGCUGCCCACUUUCAUCCUUGAGCCGCGGUCUUUCCUCGACAAGCUCGCUGAUUAUUACUACCAUGCUGACAUCCUGUCCAGGGCUGUUCAGGAAGACGACCCCCUGACGCGGAUGAAACUGGUGGUGCAGUGGUACCUCUCCGGUUUCUACAAGAAGCCCAAGGGCCUCAAAAAGCCCUACAACCCCAUUCUUGGCGAGGUAUUUCGCUGCUGUUGGAAGCACCCAGAGACGGGCAGCCGAACCUUCUACAUUGCUGAGCAGGUCUCUCAUCACCCGCCAAUUUCCUCUUUCUAUGUGAGCAACCGACCAGAUGGCUUCUGCAUCAGUGGAACAAUUUUGGCAAAGUCAAAGUUCUAUGGCAACUCACUGUCGGCGAUUCUGGAAGGCACGGCGCAGCUGUCCUUUUUGACGAGGGGCGAGACGUACACGAUCACCAUGCCGUACGCUCACUGCAAGGGCAUCCUCAUGGGCACCCUUACCAUGGAGCUCGGGGGCAAGGUGAACAUCGUAUCGGAGAAGACUGGCUACCACACCGAACUCGAGUUCAAACUCAAGCCAUUCCUAGGUGGGUCUGAGUUGUGCAACUUGGUGAUGGGCAAGUUGAAGCUAGGCAAGGAGACCCUGUACCUCAUCCAGGGUCAUUGGGAUGGGCAGAUUUUCCUGCGAGAUAAGAGGACACAGGAGGAGCAGGUGCUGUGGCACCCAACUCAGGAAGUGAAGUCGAAACGGCUGAAACGAUCCACAGUGCCCUUGGAGAUUCAGCAAGAUUAUGAAUCUGAAAGGCUGUGGCAGCAUGUGUCGGCAGCCAUAGUACGUGGGGACCAGAUGGCAGCCACUGAGGAGAAGACUAUCCUGGAAGAGGCGCAGCGCAGGAACACCAAGGAGAGGCAGGCACGCAUGGAACCUUGGGUGCCCCGCUUCUUUGUCCAAGACCUGCUCACAGGCGACUACCUCUACAAGCACGCCGACUCCCGCCCAUGGGACCCUCGAAACGACGUUGUUCAGUUUGAGCGAAACGGAGUGAUUCAGAGCAAGACUCGGCAUCAGACGCCCAUCGUGCCCUCGGGGGGCAGCCUCGUGAGCAUUGAGGGGAGCCCUCCUGAAAGUCAGGGUGGCUUGCGCAGGCGCAUCUUGCACUCGAGCCCGCGGCAGGUGGCCGCUCACCUUACUCACCGUCACCAUCACCACCACAGGCACCAGCAGCAACAACCAGGCUCAGCUUCGGCGAGUUCCAAGAAAGAUAGAAAGAAGAAAAUCGCUGUUGGACUUCACCACAGUGGUAGCUCCUCGGCUGAGCGAGGCGCCUGCUUCUCAUGUGAUUCCACUGACAGCGAAGCGCUGGCAGCAGAGGCAGGCAAAGGAAUAGCAGCACGGUUGGGUCUGCAGCCAAGUCGAGCAGUGCUGUCGAGCAGCUCCGUGUCUCAAUCCCUGGGUCCCGCCCUGGCUCCUCUGCAGCGCUCCCUGGAAGAGGCAAACGCCACCCUGAACACAUUACAGCGACACCUUGAGCAUGUGCUGCUGCAGCAGCGGCAGCUUGAACACCGGCUCAUCCAGCGCAACGACAUCACCCCCGUGGUCUUCAUUGUGUUUGUUCUGCUUGCGUUACAUCUUUUCCUUUGGGCCUGGUUCGCCUCCUGAUCGCGUUCUGUUGUCUGACCUGCAAGGACAGGAAUACUCUUUUCGGGUGUCUGCUUGUGAUUGCCAGCGUAGCAUGCCUUGAGUGCAGUGUAUGAUACCGGUAGCUGUACUGCAAUAGUACCGGUACCUUGUACACAGUGCUGUGAUCAUCAGUGUAGCGUACCCCGCCUGCAGAGUAUGAUAUUGGUGCCAGUGGUACCGAUACUAUGAUGAUACCAAUACCUGUUGUACUGGUACCAGGUACAAAGUGCUGUGAUCACCAGUGUAGCUGCCCCACAUGUGCAUGAUAUGGUACCAGUCGCUCUAGUACUGCAAUGGUACCAAUUCUUGGUGAUACACAGUGCAUGGCGCAAGGGUGGUAGCAGCAUUGUACCAGUAACUUUAGAAGCUCCUGGGCCAUUGUGCAUGUGACACCAUUAAGCUAAGGAAGGAGAGUGUGGUAGACUUCUACACCCUCCACUGCUUCGCAGAGCCGCGGAUACAGUGGGAGUACCAGUACACGGCUUGUCAGCUCUGUUCACGCAGAUGCUGGCUAUGGAAUUUUUGAAGUGGACUGUGUGGUUGCGAAAUCACCCUCUGCCUGUACAAAGACUGAUGGAAGCUUAGGAAAAGGGGCAUUGGACCCUUAGUUCAUUUUGUACAUAGGAAUAGUGUUCUGCAAGUGUGAGUGUGGUGUAAAUGCGAUUGUCGAGUGAGUGUAGACGUCGAAUGUAGGUGCAGCAUGAACUUGGCUGUGGCACUGUACCCCCCAGUACUACCAGGAAGAGCGUGUGGUUCCUCAGGGCAAAAACAAUGUGGUGUGGAUAAGUAAGAGGAGAUCUGUGUUCCGCGUUAUAUAUAUAUAUGAGAUAAGCUUUUCAAAUGUAGCAAUUACCCUCACGUACCGGCAGCUGUGUGCCGUCUGGUGCUGCACGAUGCUGCCAGAAGGACAGCUCUGUUCUACGAGUGUCCUGAGUGCUUGGAAAACAGUGAUGACCACUUGAGUUGGGCCAUUGUACAUAAGAGAAGAAAUGCAACCAUCAGUGUUACUGCUGCAACAAGCUACAUGAUGCCACUGAAAUUAAUGUGGCUCAGCUUCCUUUUGGUAGCUGGGGAAUGAAGUCGAGCUUCUCGGCCAACUUCCUGCACAUGAUAAAACAGCUUUCAAGAUUAUGGGCAUUUUGAGUGUGUACCAUUGUGGGGUGCAGCUGAAGCAAAAAGUCCUCCCUCCCCCUUUCUUUCUCUUGCGUGAAUGAAAAUAUUUUGAGCGUUCCAAACAUACUCUAAAGUUAAUUGACAGACCAUUCAUCAAAGAGAGAAGACUCCAAGUGAAGAGCAGGGAAGAGAUUAAGUGGAGGAUCAGUGGAAGGUUCAUCACAAGUACACAGCUUGUAACUUUAGUUCAGUGUAAAAAAAAAAAGCAAGCAAGCAAACAAACAAAACAAAACAAGAUUGCUUGUCAGUAUUGUCUUUCGCGCACAUGGAGGGAAGUGUCUGAGAAGCGUUCUUUUAUGGGCUCACCUUUGUUGGGCGGCUGGAACUGCAAUGAACUGGAAUUGAAUAGAUUCCGUAGGGAAAACAGAUUCUACAAUCGUGACGCUGCACAUAGCACCCCUGUCUUAGCACCCCCUCUCUGUGGUCAAGGCACUGCUGCAUUUCUGGUACCCUGCAAGCCAACUUUGAACAUGAGUGUCACCUGCUUUUUGUUCCCACAUGUGCAAACUAUUAAGAAAGUACGGUGGUUGCGAGUCCCUUGGCAUGUCUUCAUGGCUCGCAUGCUUGUUCGUGGUGAUGCAGCAUGCACACAUUGACUUGCUCCUGGUCGUAGCGGGCUUAGUCCUAUGCCACUUUGAUGAGCAACUGCAGCAUCUUCAAUACGUUGCAUUUGUAAACAAAUUCCUACAAACAAAUUUCCAGAAGCACGAGGCAGAAAAUAUUGACCUUGAAAGUGAAUCAAAAAGAAUCUGAAAGGGUUUCUGAAUCUUGCAUGACAAUACUUCUCGGAUUAGCGUAAGGGUAGUAAUGAAAAGUCAGCAUUACUUCCUAUAUUCAAUUGUAUUACUGUGCUAUAGAGCCCUAAAAAAAAAAAUGCUGGGUAUUCCCUGUCUGUGAGCUCACUGUGCAAUGUAAAGUAUCUGCAACAGCCAGGCUCACGCCCCUGACAGCAGUGUCAAGAGAAACUGUUGGUUGUGAUUAGCCCACAUAUUCUGGCUAGGGCCUGAAAGCAGCAUUUAUAUGGUCUCUGUAGAUUUAAAAUGCGCGAGAUUCGACCACAGGAUUGAUGUUUUUUUUUUUUUUAAGGGGAAGGGAGGGGGGGGGUGGUGCAAUUUUUAUGAUAAAUUUUGCUGCUUGUAAGCACAUGGAGCGUGCAAUACCAAUACAGGUAGCCCUGAAGCUUUCUCAGAACAUGGUCGGCACACUGGCUAUAGAAAAGCUGUAAUGCAGUUCUUGCUAACACGCAUUUCUCUGUUGCCUUUAAAUUUGUCACAGCACAAAGUAUGUUUAAUUUAUUUGUCCCACAAUUUUUUAGGUGAUGUACCAUAUUUGCACGUAAAUAAUGCGACCACGAAUGUAACAUGAUAGACUGGGAAAGACUGGGUCUCUAAAAAAAAAAAAUGGUACAGUAGGCUUCCGUUAAUUAAACUCCAGUUGAUUCGAUUUUUCAUUUAGUUCGAUCCUGACCGGAGGUCCCGGCCAGCGCCUGUGCAUUUCUAUGGGCAAAAACUUCUGUUAUUUCGAUCCUAACAUUAGCCUUUGCCGGAUAAUCCAAACUUGACAUUCAGCAUACACGAGCCUGACUUUGACAGUGAGCUCUAUAGCGACCCCUUUAUUGGCAGCGUCUGUCGCGGCAGAGCUUAGGGGACAGUGAAUGCGUGGGUCGAACAAAUGUCAUCGCCCGUUGAAAACGCUUAUUUUCGGCACUACCAAGGAAGAUUUUCAAAUAAUAACUGUAGAUCACAAUUUCUGAUUACGGUAUUUAUCGGUUUCUAACGCGCCUCCUUUUUCUUUACCCUCCAUAAAGUUUGGCCAAAAAUUGCUUGCGUGGUGCAAUCGGUACCAAACAAAAACCGCCUUUGCGGCGUUUGUAUGCUUUACCGCAUAACACCGGUGUGUCGCGGCGAAGCUGACUUCAAAUUAUGCGCGGCGAAGCUGACUUUAAAAAAAAAUAAUUGGGCGCCGUUGGGCAACACGUGUUACACCCUUGCCCAUUUUUAUUCUUUAAAAAAAUUGGGUGUGCGUUAGAUUUCUUUGUCUAAAAGCUUUUAUGCCAUAUCUACGCUAGUUUUCUACUUUGGACACUUAGAAAGUGGGUACGCAUCUGAUUUGGGCUGUAUAAUUAUUAGGCAAAUACUGCCAAAUGAGUCAGUGGAGUUCUGAGUUUUUUCUGCCUCUUGUUUAAUUGAACCCACUCGAUAAUUCAAUCCAUUUCAUCAGUCCCGUUAGGGUUGAAUUAACGAAAGACAAUUGUAUUACGAUUACAAUGCGAACUGAUGCCGUGAAGAAAUGGGCAACGACGCAUAAAAGCAGAUGCCCGCAAGGCUUUAUUUAUCGUUACAGCUAACUGCCGUCGCAAAAUAAAGUGAAAAGGCAGCUGCUGAUGUACGUACUUAUCAUUGCCAGCAAGAAUGGCGUUGUCCUCCGUGACACCCACCAAGAUUACUGGAAAGGCAGGAUUUCAAAAAUGCCCAUUGCAUUAUCAAACACAACAAAGCCUUGCAUGGAUUGAUUGCACGGUCUUCAUGUGUCCAACUUCGAAGACAGCUCACUUGACAUGCCUGCACAACAGUGCCGAUCGUCUUGCUCGAGGUUGGGAUUAAUACGCAGUGACCACAUUGGUGCGGUACUAACAGUCUUCUAAUUGGGAGAAGAUUGUGAACUGCACAGCGGCAACCCCCAACAUUGGUGGCAUGCGCAAGAAGGCUCCGUAUGCAGUAGUGAUCAUGGUGGUGCCUAGUGGUUUAGCUCAUUGCAGUUUGAAGUGCUAGAGAAAAUUAAACUUCAGAAAACUUUAUAUUUGUGUCACAAGCCUGAAUGUAACGUGAGAUGUGUUCUGAGGCUCGAGAUUAAGAAAAGAAAAGCUCUUGUUGUACUCGUGCAAAUAUGUUAAUAUACCUGUCACACGGGGCACUUUUGAUCACAAUUGAUACAUGAUCGGCCAAUGGCUAUUUUGUGGCUUGUUGCAAAACGGAGCCAAUCACGCUUGAGAAAUUCGAUCCCUAUCUGGCUUGAUCAGGAUCGAAAGUGCCCUGUGCUGACUGGGGUAUAAUUAUCAGUGCAUAAUAAAAUCACCCUGUUCUGCUGUUAGCUGGUUCCAAUUUAAUGGCAUUGCCGUCUUUGAAAAGUCUGUUCCUUUCUGCAUGAUCUGCUAGCCACUCCUUCGUCGAUACAGAAUGAAUUCUGUAUUUUGCAAGGGCACAUACUUUGUUAUUGAAAUUUACAAGCUUAAAUACAAAUUUAGUGUGCAGUGCUUUGUGCUUCUUUAUGGCUGGAUUUUCUAGAAUCAGAAAACAGCUCACAUGUUUUUUUACCUGUAAAAUUGCUAAAGCUCAGCAUGAUGGUAACUGUGAUCGAAUAAAUGCUGCAAAAAAUUUUUCAAUGAAAUCAGCACAAGAUUGCACAUGUUAUUAUGAAUAGUAACUUCACACUGCAAUCAUGCUGUUAUGUAAAGCAUGCAAAGGGAAGCAUCCCAUUGCCAUAAACACAUGAUGGCUACUUGUUUAAGCCAUGUUUGCUGCUAAAACUGCAUGGAAAGUAGGGCUGUGUUUGGGCAUAAACGAACUGAGCUGUGAACAAAGUUUCGGUGAGUGCAAUAGGUUUGAAUUAUAAACUAACACUUGGUCAUGUUGCUCAUAAGGGAAGGUAGAGGACACGUGCUGCUUCUUGGGAGAACUUGCAAGUGCAGUGGUCUUGUCAGUCAGGCUGUGGGCGAACAAUGUAGUCGUUCAUGUGAUGCCAGUCAUGUGGCUGUGUACUUCAUGAAUGUAGACAAAGUAUUUACAGUCCAGAGCUGGCAGAGUUAGGAGGAUAUACACGAUGAGCGUGCAAGAAAUGGACUGGGGAAGUGAUUGAUAUUGCUGAAUGGUGGUACUUAUAGUAGCUGUAUGCUUCACAGCACGUGGAGUGUCAACUUUGACUGUGACUGUGUGCUUCACUGUUGUAUAUCUGUACUGCUAAAUUAACUGCAAGUCAUUCUCUCGCGUUGGGAGGCUAUACGAGGGAAGUAGACCGCAGUCUGAAAUUGCAGAAAAUGCGCCAGUGUUCUAAAAAAAAUCUUGGGGGUUUACAUAUGACCUUAGGAUCACAGAGCUUUAGCUCUGGAGCAUAGAACGGCACGCUAUGGCAUUUCAGGGAAUCACUUAUGUGUUUGAUUGGACCUCCUGCAAUCUGCUGGUCCUUGUGCUUUGGACACAAGUGUCAGUGCACAGAAUGUUGCAUGUGCUCUUUUUUACAUGCUUGCACUUGUACUGAUGUGUUGCCAUACAAGUGCAGCAUCCUGCUUGUGCGAGUUGCACGGAAAUGCUUAGCACACACUGAUGGACCGGUAGUUUGUAGAUUUACAAGCCUGUUGCGCCAUUCUCUGCUGUCGUGCCCGAAGCAAGAUGUCCUUCAAACACACUACAGUGUGAGCAAAUGGGCGCACUUUCAAAGCAAGAAGUUCACUUCUGAUAGUGCAAAUAUAUAGUAUUAACUCGCAACAAACAGUUGAUCAUCCUACAGACAUAGCAAGGCUACAGUUGCUACGUGUUGGACGGACAUGUGUCAUUUAUAGGCCAACUGCAACGAAAUUUCAUUUUGACUAAAUCGGUUAUAAAUUGGUGUAUAUACUAGUAUUGGAGCAACCUUGGCAAAGCUUGCAAUUGUAUCUUUCUUAUUAACAGCCUUAGAAUGGCACUUAGCGGAUGACAUGUGGUUAGCUGAUAGGACUCAAGCCCUGAACCAUGGACUCCGAGAUUUUCAGAGUGCUGCCGGCACCUGAGGUCUCCGAGGUCAUACCAAGAAGCUGCACUGGUUUGGAACAUCUUGUUUCUACGUAUUAAUCUCGUUCCAUCCCCCCCCCCCCCCCCACCAGUUUGGUACCAAAAAACAUCUAUUUCUAUUACUUUUCAUGGCACCUCUACUCGUUCUUUGAAAUGUAAAAUUUUGCACCGAGUCUGAAACUAGGCUUUUUACACAGUUUAAAGCUUUGUUGCAGUUGGCCUCUUAAAGAUGGCCUCUUAAAGAUAGCCAUGGAGGAAGGAAACAAAUCAGGAGAGCCCCUGACGUCAUUUUUUGAAGCCGGAAGUGCAGCCAUGUUGGUGUGCCACCUCUCUUUGCGCCUCCAAUCAGGGGUUCUGCAGUUCGCCGGAGCAGAUGGGCGCGAACUUUGAACUUGCACUGUUACGAGCCGCCGGAAGUGUGUGCUCCUGACGCACGUCAAAACAAAGCCUACAAAACUUCUGUAGCAGUUUUAGUGAAGCAGACGCGCUCCUGUGUUUUUCCGUGACACAUUGAAGAAGACAACGAAGACUCGCGCCAUGAUUGCUUGAGUGUAUCUGUUGCUGGCCGACACUCACACUCACAGACCCAAAACGCAACUUUCAAGCUUACACACCAAACUCCAAAGUCAGCUUUUCUCGCAAACAGAAGGUGCUGCGGGAAAGACACCGGCGGAAAAAUGUUAUCUCACUUUUCAGAGACCGAGAGCAGCAGCGAAAGCUUCAGGAGCAUGGUUGUCAUGGCAACGUUGACAUUUGGGGUACCCGUCCCAGUGCUCCUUUGCGAAAAAACAGCACGUGACUUCCGCCACACCUUCUCCAAUACGCUCGUGCUGGCCAGGGACUCUCCUGGGGUUUCCAUCCUCCAUGAAGAUAGCCGUAGCUAGGAUGAGAAGACUAGGCAGCUGGUCAUUUGACACAAGAUUGCUGCCAGCAUGUGCUGGCAUGUGUAUGUAAAUCUUGAUAAAGUGGUGUUUCUGGACAAUUACAUCCUUACUUAGCUGACUAGUUUGCAUGUCAUCUGAGAAAGUGGGAUAAUUUUGGUAGUCUUUCAUCAAUUGUCGAUUGUGGUUUUGCAGAGCAGCGUGCGUCAUGUGAGAUUUUGUGAAAAGCUUGGUAAAUUAGGUAAUCUACUACUAGUUGAUGUUGUCAAGCCCAAGUGCUAAUGUUGUUUUCUCUGUCUCGAAGUCCGCUUUAAAUGCCGUCAAGCCUGUACCGUAGUUUAUCCUGAGUGGCAGUACAAAUAUCUACGACGCACUGCAUAUCACAGGGGCCUGCGUAAAGGCACUUCUACAGAGAUCAAGAUCAACUUACCUGUACCUUCAAAGGCAAAGUCUGCUUUCCAUGCGUUACAUGAAAAGCUUUGGCAAGUUGAGAUCACAAAUCUCAAAGUACUAUGUUUCGGCUAGCAAACUUUAUGUAACGUAGGGUGUUUCUCUGUGCAAAUGUUGUAAAGAUCCUCCUAUCUGUUGGACUGUAAAGAUCCUCCUAUCUGUAAAGAUCCACCAAUGUUGGACUGAACGACAUGGUGGUUACCUUGUUGCAUAACAGAUAGUGUGAAGAAAUUGAAACAUUAUAGCUGUUUUAUACGGAAUAGGAGCAGUAAAAAUGGUUAUUAAAGCUGAGAUGCUUUUAUUUUAUGACAGUUGUUUUAGUCUUUGUAAUGCUUAUGAGAUGAGUUUUGCGUUAGCACCGAAUUGUAGGCUUAAUGCUUUUUACAGUGGAUAGUUAGUAACUCUUGUUUGCUGUUUUUUGUUGAAUGAGCACUUACUUCACCCAUACUUUAAUUGGUGCUAAUGUCACAUCAUGUGGUUGCGGCAAUUUCUUUUUCGUAACUGUUGCAUUCGGCAAAUUGAUUGAUGUACGAGUGAAAUGUUGUUGUUUUCUGAUUUUUAUACAUAUGCGUUUGCUAGAAACACUUUUAUUGUGUUUGAACUGCUGUUUCUCAUUCUGGAUUUCAUUUAUUUUGUAGGCCUGCUUGGGGGGUAGCCUUUGAAGGAAAUUUGUUUAACAGUGCAUUGUAGCCAUUGCUGCUACUAAUAGAUGCGCACUUUCGUACUUGAAUAUGCAUUGAUAGUUCUUUGAGAUUGGGAUUGUUUGUAGAUGGCAAAGUCUUAUUACUAGUGUUCCCUUAAAUUUCAAAUCCUCUUUUGAAUAUGCUGCUGUUAUUGCCUCCAAAAUGCUCGUCUCUAGCAUUGCAUCUUGCUUACACUCAGCUUAAAUGCAUAUGUAACCAAUCUUAACUCGAAGCAGCACUAACUUACUGGGAAGUAGAUUGCUGAAUGUAAGAGCUUCGCUUUUGGUCUGGUUGAUCUUCUAUCAUCUGUUUAUGUUUCAGGUGAGAAUUCUAAAUUCACUUCUUGUGCCUCAAAGUUAACAUCAUAGGUAGGACACCUUUAGAGGUAUGAGGAGUGGAUAUGUACCGUAUUUACUUUACAGAUGAUGGAACGGUGUUGCGUCACGAGAAUGUAUGUGGUUUUGGGACGGGAAAAGGGCACAGUGCAUGCAUCUUUCGCUUCUUAUAUUUACUGCAGCCUGAAAUGCUCCUAGAGCCUGCAGCUUAUACUUCAAUACACUUAAACUUUUGUUCAUGUGAUAUGGGAACUACUAGAGAAUUUGCACUCCUUGUAUGCAGCUUAGUUUCUGUCAGAAAUUGUGGGAAGCCUCGUAUUGCUAGUCGUUCGCAAAGUGGCAUUUGUGUACUGAGUGAAUUCAUUAUUAUGCAUGUUAAUUGCUAAAAGUGUGCUUCUGUGUUUGAGCUUAUACUUUGCAGAUUGUAAAUAUUUUUGUGUCCGUACGUACUGCUGUUCUUUUGUAUUUUGCUGCUUGGAUUAUUCUGAACCAUGCCGGCAGCAUUUGCUUGGACAAGGAAAAGAAUAUAUGCCUGCCGUACUGUACUAUUUGAAGUUGUUCAGUAAUGCGUACCUCUAUGUGUAUAGUUUGUAAAAUGUGUUGCACUAUUCCAUAGAUGCACACUCCAGUACGUGUGUUGCAUCCUUGUGCCAUGAUUUUGCAGUAUUUGUCAUGUACCUUUGCAUUUGUUACCUGAAUUUAGUUGCUGGCAUUAUGAGCAGACGUGCAUUUAUUUUUAAUUUUAUCUUUACGCUGUGGUCGCAUACCGCAGCAGCAUGUGUGUCAACAGUGAAGAUAAGAUGAAUUGUUGAACUUGGGGAGUCAGAUUUUUACAUGCGACUUGUGUAGCUGAUGGGGCUGACGACGUUCCUUCAUGGUGAAGCUGUGUCGUACUGUUGUACACUCGUCGAGUUGUUUUUAUAGAGUUGGUUACUGUAGCAUGUAAAUAAAGAAAAAGUUACGAGCAGUG